AAAAGAGACGUGUGAAGAAGCGUACCGUCUGUGUUGUAAACUGUGAAGUCUGAAGACGUUGACUGAACACUGCAAUGCAAAUUACUAUAACAUAAGCGUUUAACAAGGAUAUGUCCGAUACAGUAGCCUUUCAUGCUCAGCUAGCCUCCAUCAUUGAGGUUUUGGCGAAUGCAGCCGUUGCCGAAAUCUGCAAACUUGUAGAUGACGGUCAUGCUGCCUUACGGUUGGAAAUUUCCAAUAGCCAGAAAGAAAUUGAUAACCUGCGGAGGAAGCUGCUUUUGACCAAAUUCCAGAAUUCUCGACGGAGCGCAGAGAAAUUCGGAGCCCUGCGACGCACAGUUCACAGACGCGUGGACAACGAUCAUUUUGCCCGGGCAAGAGAGAGCUUCGUAGGAAAGUCCGACAGACUUGGAUAUUUGCAGAAUUGUUUCGCCGACAGUGAAGGGGGCAACUUUACGCAGGAUGUCGCCAACUGGAGAGACUCAGGAUGCACAGCGACAGACCAGGAUGGGGGCAUGCAGAUGGCAGAUAUGCAAGACGCACCUCUUAUCAAAAUGGAGAACCUUGACACCAGCAGAACAGAAGAGAUUGUUCAACCGGUCAGUGAGAAGAUAAUUGUGGCAGAACCAGGUGCUUCAUCAUCAUCUGAAACCACAGACCUUCUGGACCAGCAGGGCAACAGACACAGAGCUCCAGACACCACACUCAAUAUAGAACCUGAAAACCAGACGUUCCAGCAUCCAGCGUCACCAUACAACAGAGCAACACAGGACCAUCAGGGUGCUAAGUGUGUGACCUGGGAAACUGACCAUCAACCCAUAGCAUACAGCCUGUCCCAAUGGACAGAGAAGCAAGAGACUGACAACCGAACUGUGAAUGCUCCUCACAAUGCAGGGCCAGACUCCAAGAGGCUGUCUGAACAUCCAGAGAAGAUAGGGUUGCCUGGUAACUCUGGGGUCUGCAUGUCUGCUUUGGGCUCUCUGGACUGGCUGCCUGAUGUGAUGCUGAUGGACUCGGUUCCUAUUAAAGUGGAGGCAGAUAUGAGUUCAGAAUGGAGUAUAACGGGCCAAGAGGUGACAUCUGAAGAGGUCUGUUCAGAGCGCAGGCAGCUUGUGGACAACAGAGGAAGAGGGGGAAUGGAGUCUGGACAGACAAAGUAUCCCACUGACACUCAAAACACAGAGCAAGGGACAACUGUAGGAUCAAGGUCCAAGUUGCCAGAUUUCAAAGGACUGUCCUCCCCAAACAACUUUUCAUCCCCAAGGGUUACUCUCCACCAGGUUCCCCAAAGAGGGAAGCAAGCCCCCUUCCCAAAUUUCAACAGAGGCUCCACUUCUUCAUCGAAAGCCAUAGAAAAGCAGCCGCAACAGCUAACAUCUUGUUCGGCCAAGAGGCAGCUCCGGUGCAGCCUCUGCGGAAAGCCCUUCCACCAGCCGGCGCACCUGCGGAGUCACAUGCGGGUCCAUACGGGGGAGAAACCAUACGGCUGCAGCCACUGCACCAAGCGCUUCUCCCACAGCCACCAGCUGAAGAUGCAUGAGAGGGUGCACACUGGAGAGAAACCGUUUCAAUGUGUCUACUGCGGGAAGUCCUUCACCCAGUCCGGCAACAUGAAGAAGCACCUCCUCGUCCACACUGGCAGCAGGCCACUGGAUGUUGGGCUGCCCUGAGUGUUCCAGGGUGAAGUUUCCCCUAGGUACAGAUCUAGGAUCAGCUUCCUCUCCCCCAAUCCUAACCUUAACCAUUAGUAGAAAUACAUUCUUAACUGACCCAAGAUCAGCAUCUAGGGGCAACUUCAUAAUACUCCACCCGGCGUAAUGAAAGGCAGGGGCAGGAGUUUUCCCUCAGAACGUGACCAGACCAUGGGAAAACUCCUGGCCCUAGUUGUAAGGGGAAUGGCUCCACACUCGUUGGGUUUUCAUAUGAAAACUGGGUCAGUGUUUUUAACAGUUUGAUUGGUUUCCACAUUGAAUGGUUCCGGUGUGUAGUGGUUGUGUUUUCAGUUUACUGGCUUGAUGCUUGGUCCAGAGUGGAUUGAUAAUGUAUAAGUUAUGACAGAGACCCGAUCCUGAGCUAGCCUGACGACUAACACUAAAUCCUUCCGCUGCUCAGUCGUUCGCUACAUACUUUAGUCUGAGACUGCCAUCAUUGAAGUCGUUUGUGGUGACGAGGGGUGUGGUACAAAAUAAAGUAAACAGUAAUUGGAUCGUCUCUAACCAAUUAAGAGUAUCCACGGCAAUGACACAUUUUCAAACCGCAGCUUUAAUCACGUGUUUUCUGACUCUGGCACAACCCAAUCGGUUUCUGGACCAAUCAGACAGCCCUGAAUGUGUUCGCAUUCGGUGAAGGGUCGGAGAGGUACUCAAAUCUAGACGCAUUGCUCUGAAGAAACUGACGUCCGUGGGCGUGGCGUAGGGUUUGGUUAGCCAGACAAAUCCUGAACCCCAGUAGUAUCUGACAGUAGGAGAAGCCAGUACGUUGUGGUUACAGGUUACUGUUAAGGAUGACAUAAAUCAUUACAGUACCAGUCAAAAGUC